UGUCUUUCUGUCUUUCUGAUUGGUCCACAGGGCGGAAGCGGUCAAUGGCGGCGUAAACAACGCUCGAUCGGUGCGAGAUAGUGUUUAAAUCGAGCCUCGAUCGAUAAGUAAAACGUAAAAUAACACUAUAACUAAAUAGAGUAUGUUUCCGGCACUGGGGGGGUUUCUGCUCGGCGUGCGAACUGUCAAACCCCCGCUGGUUCACUCCUCGCCGGUGUUGUGGCGCUAGAUCCGGGGCUAACUUUUAGCAGAGUUUGCUAACUUAAACGUAAAGUAGUAAGUCGUUAGCGGAAAUGGACUGCGUCGUGACUGGAGGAAACGUGAAAGUUUUGGCCAAAGCCAUCCACUCCCUGUCCAGGAUUGGUGAUGAGCUGUAUGUGGAGCCUCAGGAAGAUGGGCUGCCCCUGCGGUCUGUGAACUCCUCUCGGUCCGCAUAUGCUUGCUUCCUGUUUGCACCGCUCUUCUUCAGCAGGUACACCAUCACCAGUGAAGAAGCCUUCCGCUGUAAGAUUGCUAUAAAGAGCGUGCAGGCCGUGUUCAGGUCUCUGGCGUCUCUUGAGAAGACGGUCGAAAAGUGUCACAUCGAGCUGGACAGGAAGAAGAACCGCAUCACCUUCACCCUUUACUGCAAACAUGGCCUGCUGAAGACACAUAACCUGUCUUUCCAGGACAGCGAAAGCUUACAGGCAGUGUUCGAUAAGGACAGCUAUGCCAACGUAUUCAGGGCCCAGCCCAGGCUGCUGGUGGACACAGUUGUGCAUUUCCCUCCGUCUCUGGAAGAAGUGACGGUUGCUGUGAGUGAUGAUCGGAUGUGGUUUAGGAACCACGUGGACGAUGAAGCAGAGCUGUCCAAGGCCAUGCUGACAGAGCUGUGUCUGGCAUCAGACGAGUUUGACCAUUUCGCCGUCCGAGCUCACAGCAGCGUCACAUUUUGUCUGAAGGAGUUACGGGGUUUGUUAGUGUUUGCAGAGUCCACUGGUCUCCCUAUUUCUAUGUACUUUGAUGAGCCGGGAAGCCCUGUGGUGCUGUCAGUGACAGACAGUGUCCUGGAGGGGAACUUUGUGCUGGCCACCCUUUCCGACGAUCCUAACCACCGCAAAAACAACACAAGACGAGCACACACACCACCUCCUCCCCCUCCCGAUGAUUUCAUGAAUGACGACAUAGACUCCUACCUCAUCGCCAUGGAUACUAGUAUGGCACCAGGUCCUUCAGCGACAGGUCCACCCACACCCCCCUUAGCUGAACCCACCUAUUCAAAACAGCCUGUCGCAGCCAGUCACAGGACAAGGAUACACAGUGAGGAGGAGGAAGAGGAGGAAGAAGAUGAACCAGCCGAUUCAGACGGACCGCCAAAUAAGAAGUUCUGCUCCUUGUUCUUUGGAUCCGUGCUUCCCCCGUCUUCUCAGAUGAGCACUCAACCAGUGAAGAGUCAGGUAGUGCUGGCUAGUGAUAGCGAAGAUGACACUCAAGCAGAGUGACAGUGGACUGAUGAGAGAUGGACUGGCCUAAAAGUGGGCGCAUCUGUGUCCACUUUUAUUACCGUCGCACCACUUCACCUGGACUACUUGAAAAUGCAGAAGUGGACAUCCUUGAUUUUUAUUUUCAUCUUUAUCGGCUUGUUAUUUUUUUUUACCCGGACAAAACUGUACAGAGGCCUUCGGUACAGAACCAGUGUAUUCCAUCUUUUUAUUGGAUCAUAACGUUAAUGGGCGGAAAUCUGGGAUUAUGUGAAACUAGACAUGAAGCACUUCCUGUUUAUUUUUGUUUGGAGUCUCUUUGGUUUGUGAUCAAGGUGCAGCAGAAAAAAAGUCCCUGCAAAUAAAACAAACUUAUUUUUCCAAGGA